UUAAUUGUUCUAAGGAGACCUUGCCUCCAGCUCUGGAAGAGGAGAGGCAGGGGGGAGGUGUGCAGACAUACAGGCAGAGGGAGAGAAGGGAACAAGGAGUGGGGGGCUCUAGGUAGUUGGGAAGUCAAUGAGAGGAAGAGGAGGAAAGGAAGUACAUAAGGCAGAUCAGAAGACAGCAGGGAAAGUAAACAGCAUGUUGGGAGGAGAGAAGGCAAGAAGAAGACACUGACCAUCAGAAACAUCUACCCAGAUUACCAGGAGCAUCUACCCUGACUGACCCCUCCAGUCCUAAUGGAAGCUAAUCCCACCCAGUAGAAGACCAGCCUGGCAGCCCCUUCCAUCCAAGGGAAUUUAUGAACUCCUGAUCCAGCAAGUGAAAAUCCCUUUUACAUUGGAACCUGUGAACCAUGACUGAAGAAAUGGAGCGUCCCAGGAGUGGGCUUAGCAUGGCCAGCAGCAUCACCACAACGGCCUCUGUCAGCCAAGGGUCAAGGCCGUCAACCAGAUCGGUAAAGAGAGUGCACACCUUUGGAAAAAGAGAAUAUUCUAUUAAGAGGGACCCAAACUCUCCUGUGGUGAUUAGAGGCUGGCUUUAUAAACAGGACAGUGCAGGCUUACGUCUGUGGAAGAGGAGGUGGUUUGUGCUGUCAGACUUCUGCUUGUUUUAUUAUAGAGACAGCAGAGAGGAAACUGUACUCGGCAGUAUUUUGUUACCAAGCUAUGAAAUCUUGCCAGCUAACCCAAGAGAAGUAAAGAACAGAAGAUUCUGCUUUAAGGCAGAACACCCUGGCAUGAGGACUUAUUACUUUGGAGCCGACACUCAGGAAGACAUGAAUGCCUGGAUCCGUGCCAUGAAUCAAUCUGCUCUGGUCGUUGGUGACAACAAAAACAAGAAUAGCCAUGGUCAUAACUUGACCCCACAGGAUGAGCUGUAUGCCAGCUAUGAGGAUUUCUCCCACUCUGAAAUAAAUACGGCUGGAGAUGAUGGAAAAAGUGCAGAAUCUUUGGAGAUUGCCCAUCUGUCUGAAACCAGAUCACAAGAUGGGAGCUCCAGAGACAGCCUUCCAGACCAGGACAGAAAUGGAGACAUGGAGAAAGAUCGCUUGUUCAGUGGGCUGAGGGAGUCUUUAACAGAUGCUAUGCAACACUAUACUACAGUAUCCCAGAACGGUUCUGUCCCUCCACCCACACCAGAAAGCAGUGUAAAGCAUGUGGAAUUCACUUACAACAGACAUGAAGUGGAAUCAAAGAUGUCUGCGGAGGGAAAGGACUCCAUUCCUGAGGAUGAAGAGUGGGUGCCUUUUCAUAAGUGUCCGUCAGUGCCUUACCAAGACAAGAGUCCUCCUAGACAUCCACCAAAGGGCUUUGAAUGCCCACACGAUGAAUAUUCUUCUCCUCACUCCCGCUCUGCUCCCUCUUCUCCUGCCAUCAUCCCUUCUCAUGUAUAUAGAGCCGACAUUUCAGAGAGGAACUGGAACUUAAAAGAUGAAAAAUUCAUGGCCCAGUCUGAGCUACUCGAAGCACAAGAUGCUAGAAAAAUGUCCCCACUUUCUUGUUCUCCAUCAAGGACCUCACCAGAAAGAGUGGAGUACGUAGUUCAGAGGAUAAUUAAGGCCUCAAGAUCACAGUCUCUUCCACCUACACCUUCAGAAGUUUCUAGACACAGGAUGAUAAAGAGAAGUCCUCCUCCUAACUUGAAGUAUGGAAGCCCAUUGCCUUGUGAAAAAUCUCCCCACCGUCCAGAGACCUUAUUACCUGUUGGAAGUCUAACAAAACGAGACAUGCCCCUUACACCAAGUCUCACUCCAAAAGUACAAACCCAGCAGCAUAAAACUGCUUCCAAUGAGGAUGUGUUUGUGGCGGUGACUGGAUCUCCAUCACUAGGAAGAAUUACUGUUCGGUCCAAUACACCAAUUGGGCGGGUAGAUAUCGUUCCUUCAGAAGACAGAGUUUCUAAUUCGACCACUAUCAGACAUGGUGAAGAAAGACCAGGAGACUAUUUUGUAACCAGCUCUAGAACCCGAAGUCACAUUGUGAAGUCUGUAUCAAGGCCUCAGACUCCAUCAGAUAGGUACGAUGUUUUGCCAUCUGAUGAUACCUUCUCUGCAUCUACAAUGCCAAAGGGUCCUAAUCGGUAUACUAGAAGAUCACAACCUUCGGGGGCAGAAGAUGAAAGGCUGGAUGGUUGUGGAGUUAAUUUACCUCCUAGAGUUCAUGGAUAUCCCACCGGUAGGAUGCAGAUCAGACCAAACGCUCAAUCAGAGAGGAUCAUAGUAGAAGAAUACUCUGCAGACCUUUCGUUGACUCCAUCACUAAGACGACAUAGGGGUCAAGGACCAAGGUAUUCGGAGAGGUCACUUCUCCCCCCUGCUGUAUGUUCCGGCCGAGGUCUUGGCAACACACCGAGGCACCUGUCAAAGAUGGGCUCGAUGAGUUAUUCACACCUACCACCUUUGCCUCCUGGUUCCAAUCGUCCCCAUCUACCAGCUGGAAAGAGGAUGUCAUUGAGUGCUGUGCCAACUGGAACUACACAGUAUCGAGACCGGGCACCAUAUCCAGCUCGCAUUGCAGAGAAUAGUAUUGAUGUUUUACUGACAAAGAUGUGUGGUCAGGAUAAACUACUUGCUGGAAUUGAGGAGGAAUCUGCUCAUCUCCGAGCUGAAAAGGAAAAGUUGGAAGACGCGCUUCAGGUAACCCAUCAACACCUUGAUGAGUUCCAGGGUCAGGAACAAGUGAUUGACAAUAUCUGGUACCAGCAGAGGCUCCUGCAGGAUGACCUGGUGUACGUGCGGGCCAGGCUGUGUGAUCUCUCUUUGGACAGAGACAGAGCAUGGGAAGAAUAUCGUAUGCUGGAGAAUGAGCUGCACAAUGUGAGGGAGUCUCUGGAACGUGUCAGUCAAAUAGGACACCCACAGGACCAGGCAGCAGCUCAGAGAGAUCUCUGGAUGAUUAAUGACAUCAUAUCUGGCCUUAGAUUUAACAGAAACAACUUUCACAUCAUUCCUGAUCCUGCAAGACAUCCUGCAAUGAUGAUGCCACCCUCACCUGCCAGUGACACACAGCCAACCUUCCAGAGGAGUUUUCUUUACCAUCAGUCUGGACUUAAUCCGAUUGUCCAAGAGAAAUCCCUCAGUGAGUUAGACGCUGUCCCUCCUAGACCACCUCUACCCAAAGAUCAUCCAACUUCUAGCACUGAGCUUGGAGGACAAACUAAAGGGCUGGUUAGUGAACAGAAAGAACAAGAUAGAUUAUCUGAGCAGCCAGACAGCACAGCGGCCCCACAGUCACCCACUGAUGCUGCUUUGCCUAAGGAUGUAGUAAAUAUUCGACCAGCUCAGUCUUCCUGCCCAGUACCCAUACCUUCAGGUCACAAGAUGUCUCUAGAACCAAAGGCAUCACCUCCCAAUGUGCCAGAGAUGGGAACUGUACGGAAGCAAAGGAUGAGUGCUGAGGAGCAGAUGGAGCGCAUGCGUAGGCAUCAGGAGGCUCAGAUUCAUGAGAAACCUAAGCCUGGUGUUACAGCACAACGUCAGAACUCCCAGAGGUCUACAGCAGGUCCAAUAGGGGGCAGGCUGAGAUCCUCUUCUUCGGAUUCUUCCACAAGCUCUCAGGCACUGGAUAAAACCUCUGCAGAACAGAGAAAACCAACACUGGUGAGGGUCACUGCUUCCUUCUACCCCAGCAAUACAUCUGCACCACUGCACGGAAAGACUGGAAACCAUGUGAAAAAGCCCUCACCUGAUACAAUGCCUGAGGACCCUACAUACAGUGUUGUCAUGGAGCCACAGACCGAAAAUGUUACCUCCGUAACAAGUCAUGAGAUCUCUCCGAUGGUAAAGGUGACUCCUCCAUUAAGAACAAGCAGUAAAAUUGUCACGGCUGCCUGCAUGCAACUGAAAAAAGAUAUGCACAAUGGCAGCUACGAUAAGCAGGGGCCCAGAUCAGAUGAGGAAACCACAGUGUCUGUGAAAAAGCCUGAAGAAGCGGAAGCCAAGUCAAACCCUGGGGACAGACUCAAAACCACUGUAUAUAGUACCAGCCCUCAUGAAGGUUACAACAUCUCAAUAGAAGAGGAGAGGGAACGAAUCGUCAACCUGUCCUAUACCCUUGCAUCAGAAGCUUCGCAACGCAGCAAAAUAUUUACAGCCACAGCUUUAGCCGAUGACUGUGAUACAAACAGUGACAUCUCCACAUCCGAUGAAGUGUAUCCGUGGGACUUUCUGAAAGAUUCUCACAGCAGCGAACAGCGUGAAGUCAGAGACCAUUGCCAAAACACUUCACUUCAGAAUGAAAACACCUAUACAAAGAAAGAUGAGCACCGUUGUUCCCCUGGGCCCCACCAGCAUUGUUAUGAAGAAGCCUCUAGUGCCGACAUGACCAAAGACCGGUUCAGCAAUCGGCAUUCAGACAAUUUACAUUAUGAGAACUGGCCAGCACACAAGCAGGGAGAGAGCAGAGAUCAUGGAUCAGUCACAAAACAAGAUGGCUCUGCUUUACCCAAGUGUAAUGGACAGGUGGCAAGUUAUGAUUUCCUCAUAGAGGACUUGCAUUAUAACCCACUGAGUAUGGGCAAAGUCGCUGACUUCUGCAAGGAAGAGAGGGAGCCCAUCCGGAUCACACUCCUUCAGUCCAGCUUCUAGAGUCUUCAGAGACCUUUGGACUUGUAAUUGUUUGAAGAGGACACUGAAAGGACAUUGAGGAAUUGUUUCCUGAUGGCACAGAUUAUGUAGAAUUAUGGAAAAUGAAGGGUUUGAUUAAAGUUGGAGACGAAAGAGAUGAGUUGCAAAGAGAGUGUAAAUAGGUGUACAUAGACAGUGCUAAGAAGGUGAGACUGUACAAAUGUGGAUAAAGGUGGACCUGGAAAAAGUGUCAUUGUAGAGCGAGGAAAGUGCUGUAGGGACAUGGAAAGUGGUUGUUCCCCCGAUCAUGCAGAAGCACUUGUAAAGUGUUAGAGGAAUUUUAUGUUGGCGAUCGCUCAGCUGGUCAUUUGGACCUUUGUGGUGCUUCGCUGAGCACAGUUGCACUAGGUAAGAGAAUUUAAGUUCUGCAUCUAUAGAAGGCAAAGCUGUGAAAUCUAUAGACUGGAUAUUUUGAAGGGCUUUUCACUCUGUGUGGAAAUUGUUUCAGUUCCUUAAGACAACCAUAGGCACUUAAGGAAACUGUAUAUUGUACCAAAAAUGCUUAAACACUCUGUUAUAUAGAGUAGCAAGGUCAUGAAGGUUUUUUUUUCCCCUGGUUAAUUUCCGUUAAAUCUACCGAUCAUUCCUGGAGGUCAUUGUAUCAACAAGUAAAUGGUGUUUGUUCAAGGGCAACAUUAUAUCUCUGGCAUUUAAAAGGGCAUCUAUGACAAAAGGAGGAGAUGCAUGAAGGUUGUCCUAAUUCUUCUAGGUAGACCAUCGAAGCCAAAUGACAUAACCAGCUGUAGUUAUUCUAUCUUUUUUAAACCCUGUAUAUUUUUGUUUUAUUAAAACAAAAGAAACCCUGAGUGGUUUGUUUCUUUUUAUGAGGUUUAUUAUAUUGCAGUGUGCUGACUGUUUUGUGAAAGGAUGUGUAAUGUUAACAUACAAGGAUACCACAUCUGCAGUCAGGUUGUGUAUGCCUUUCGUUUUACCUUUGUUUUUUCUUUUCUUUUUUUGCCAUUAAUGCCAAAUUCUGUACUUAGGCCAACCUACUGCCUUAUUAAUAGAUUUGUUAAUACUGCCUAUGUGUUAACCAUUCCUUUACCAUUCUCCUUACAUGUGUAUUAUCAGUUUUAUUUCAUUUUUUUAUAAUAACUGCAGAGAUCUGCUAUUCAUUUUUUAACCUUUUUAUAAAGGAGAAAAUUCAGUCAUACAAAGGAAUAUGUUUAUGAGCUUUAUACCGUUUUGUAAUAUCUAUGCAAAACUGUUAUAUGCAAAUAAAGCAACAAAGUAUG